AUGAAGCCAAGCAAUCGAAUUUGUGAUGUAAUUACCAACAAGGAUGAAUCACUUCCUGCACUUUUACUGCCGGCUCUGAGCAGUAGUUAUACCAGUGAUGAUUCUUUACAAAAGGAACAAAUUUCAACCAAUGUCAAAUAUCAUCCAUUCAGUUUGCCUGAUUGCACGCUACUACCAAAGAAUUUAAACAUUCAGGCACAUCAAAACUCAGUGCCAAGUUCUUCGGUUCAAUAUCUAGAACAUAAUUAUAACAGUUGGCAAAAACAAUCAGAGAAGACAGAACUUCCCAAACUUGGUUGCCCAACGAAUUACAAAGAUUAUUAUAAAACCAUUUCUUCGGGCGAAACAACCGAUUCAGCGGUUAUUUCAUCAACAGCAACUAACAGGUUGAAAAGAAAACGUCAAAGGGAUGGUCCAAGUUGUGAUUCUUGUAGGACCAAGAAAAUAAGAUGCAAUGCAACAAUCAUAGUCUAUUUACAAGAUAGAAAUCUAAUCUCCUCCAUUUCUUCAAAUUUGCAUUAUAUUCUUUCUCAAGACGACAUUGAGCGGUUUCGAACAAGGUUUUUCGAGAAACUCCCCGAUGUGGUGGAUACCUAUGAAGUCAUAAAGCAUCUUGACAAAAUAGUUCUUUUCAAAGCCUGCACUUCUUGCAGCAGGAAAAGCAAGAGAGCCGGGAAGUGCCUAUUUUCAAGAGGAUUUACGAAAUCUGAUAUGAACGUAUUUUCUAAAAUAAAUAUUAAACUUAAGGGCAAAACUAUCUUCGAGAUGACUGUCACUGAUUAUAUUGCCGCUGGCUUCCAAACCCUCUAG